UUCAAAAAUAGUUUACAAAAGUAAAUUUUUAUUUUAAUCAGAGCGGGCUCUGAAUUUUUGUCAAGCUAAAUUUGUUUGAUAUAUGUAUAUUUAGUUAUUUUCAGUCAGUCAGUACGGUCCUGUUGUCUCGAAGUGUUUGAAAAUAUUUUAGCAAGUUUAUUCUGUGAAUAAUACAAAAUGCAGAUCUUUGUGAAAACCUUGACUGGAAAAACCAUCACCCUGGAGGUGGAGCCAUCCGACACCAUUGAGAACGUGAAGGCCAAGAUCCAGGACAAGGAGGGAAUCCCCCCAGACCAGCAGCGUCUCAUCUUCGCCGGCAAGCAACUGGAGGAUGGCCGCACUCUUUCGGACUACAACAUCCAGAAGGAGUCGACUCUCCAUUUGGUGCUGCGUCUCCGCGGUGGUAUGCAAAUCUUUGUGAAAACCUUGACCGGAAAAACCAUCACCCUGGAGGUGGAGCCAUCCGACACCAUUGAGAACGUGAAGGCCAAGAUCCAGGACAAGGAGGGAAUCCCUCCAGACCAGCAGCGUCUCAUCUUCGCCGGCAAGCAGCUGGAGGAUGGCCGCACUCUUUCUGACUACAACAUCCAGAAGGAGUCGACUCUCCAUUUGGUGCUGCGUCUCCGCGGUGGUAUGCAAAUCUUUGUGAAAACCUUGACCGGAAAAACCAUCACCCUGGAGGUGGAGCCAUCCGACACCAUUGAGAACGUGAAGGCCAAGAUCCAGGACAAGGAGGGAAUCCCCCCUGACCAGCAGCGUCUCAUCUUCGCCGGCAAGCAGCUGGAGGAUGGCCGCACUCUUUCGGACUACAACAUCCAGAAGGAGUCGACUCUCCAUUUGGUGCUGCGUCUCCGCGGUGGUAUGCAGAUCUUCGUGAAGACUCUGACUGGAAAAACCAUCACCCUGGAGGUGGAGCCAUCCGACACCAUUGAGAACGUGAAGGCCAAGAUCCAGGACAAGGAGGGAAUCCCCCCUGACCAGCAGCGUCUCAUCUUCGCCGGCAAGCAGCUGGAGGAUGGCCGAACUCUUUCGGACUACAACAUCCAGAAGGAGUCGACUCUCCAUUUGGUGCUGCGUCUCCGCGGUGGUAUGCAAAUUUUUGUGAAAACCUUGACCGGAAAAACCAUCACCCUGGAGGUGGAGCCAUCCGACACCAUUGAGAACGUGAAGGCCAAGAUCCAGGACAAGGAGGGAAUCCCCCCUGACCAGCAGCGUCUCAUCUUCGCCGGCAAGCAGCUGGAGGAUGGCCGCACUCUUUCGGACUACAACAUCCAGAAGGAGUCGACUCUGCAUUUGGUGCUUCGUCUCCGCGGUGGUAUGCAAAUCUUUGUGAAAACCUUGACCGGAAAAACCAUCACCCUGGAGGUGGAGCCAUCCGACACCAUUGAGAACGUGAAGGCCAAGAUCCAGGACAAGGAGGGAAUCCCCCCAGACCAGCAGCGUCUCAUCUUCGCCGGAAAGCAGCUGGAGGAUGGCCGCACUCUUUCGGACUACAACAUCCAGAAGGAGUCGACUCUGCAUUUGGUGCUUCGUCUCCGCGGUGGUAUGCAAAUUUUUGUGAAAACCUUGACCGGAAAAACCAUCACCCUGGAGGUGGAGCCAUCCGACACCAUUGAGAACGUGAAGGCCAAGAUCCAGGACAAGGAGGGAAUCCCCCCAGACCAGCAGCGUCUCAUCUUCGCCGGCAAGCAGCUGGAGGAUGGCCGCACUCUUUCGGACUACAACAUCCAGAAGGAGUCGACUCUGCAUUUGGUGCUUCGUCUCCGCGGUGGUAUGCAAAUCUUUGUGAAAACCUUGACCGGAAAAACCAUCACCCUGGAGGUGGAGCCAUCCGACACCAUUGAGAACGUGAAGGCCAAGAUCCAGGACAAGGAGGGAAUCCCCCCUGACCAGCAGCGUCUCAUCUUCGCCGGCAAGCAGCUGGAGGAUGGCCGCACUCUUUCGGACUACAACAUCCAGAAGGAGUCGACUCUGCAUUUGGUGCUGCGUCUCCGCGGUGGUAUGCAAAUUUUCGUGAAGACUCUGACUGGAAAAACUAUUACCCUGGAGGUCGAACCUUCUGACACCAUUGAGAACGUGAAAGCCAAGAUUCAGGACAAGGAGGGAAUCCCCCCAGACCAGCAGCGUCUCAUCUUCGCUGGCAAGCAGCUGGAAGAUGGCCGCACUCUUUCGGACUACAACAUCCAGAAGGAGUCGACUCUCCAUUUGGUGCUGCGUCUCCGUGGCGGAGUCUGCGCCUAAUCUUACUACAUUUCCACAUACCCCCACACACACCGAACUAGUUACAUCAAGGCCAAACAUUCAAAAAUUUUUUGCACUAAACGACUGUCAAAUUUAUUUUAAAUUCAGGCCUCAGUACCAAGACCGAUAUUUGUUGACAACACUUUUCCCGCUAAAAUUCGAGACAUAAAUUACCCAUUGAAAUUCAAAAUACACAGGUUAAUAAAUUCAA